GGAACAUGGUGGAGAGAACACAAUGAAACCUGGGCUUAGAAAAUAUGUCUGUGAUCUCACAAUGGACCCAAACACAGCACACAGACUCCUCUGUCUGUCUGAGGAGAACAGAAAGGUGACAUGGAGGAGAAAGAAGCAACAGCCGUAUCCUGAUCACCCAGAGAGAUUUAAGGACUGGCAGCAGGUGCUGUGUAGAGAGGGUCUGACUGGGCGCUGUUACUGGGAGGUAGAGUGGAGUGGGAGAGGUGCUGUUAUAGGAGUGACAUAUAAAGGAAUCAGCAUGAGAGAAGGGGUUAAUGACUGUUGUCUUGGAUACAAUGACAAGUCCUGGAGUCUGGACUGCUCUGACAAAAGUUACACUGCCUGGCACAAUAAUAAUUACACUACCAUAGACGUCCCCUCCUCCAGCCCUCACAGAGUAGGAGUGUAUCUGGACUGGCCAGCCGGCACUCUGUCCUUCUAUAGAGACUCCUCUGACACACUGACCCACCUGUACACAUUCACCUCCACAUUCACUGAGCCCCUCUAUCCAGGGUUUUAUGUUUGGUAUGUUGACUCUUCAGUGUCCUUGGAAAUAAUAACCUGAUACACACAGGACACACACACACACUGGAAACACACACACACUGGAAACACACACACACAGACACACACACACAUACACUGGACACAUAUACAC